AUGAGCCGCCGCUACGCCGCCAGCCAGCAGCAGGCGCUGCUGCAGCAGGCGCUGGCCAAGGGGGAGGCGCAGCAGGCCGGGAAGAAGAAAGGGAUCGCCGGCUUGCUGGGCGUCAGCGGCGCACAGGGGCCGCCAACGCCGACGCCGCCGCAGCAGCAGCAGCAGCCAGGCGCGCCGGGCGCGGUGGUGCCCACGGGCCGGCCCAGCGGCGGGGGCGGCAUCAACCUGUCCAGCCUGGCCGACCCCGCGGACUACUUGGCCGGGCAUCUGGACAAACAAGUCAACGAGGACAGCGCCAGGGGCAGCUUGCCGGUGCAGGGCUGGCGCUGGCAGAAGCGCUUCUUCAUCGUCAGCGACUCUCAGCGCGCCCUCUUCUACUUCAAGACCCCUGAUGACGUGCCGAAGCCCAACGGCCUGCGCGCGCGCGUGGACCUGACGGCCUGCCUGGUGGAAGACCUGGAUGAGAACGGCUACGCGCGGCCCUCGGUGGGCGCGGCAGGGGCGCACGCUUGA